GCGAGGAGGACUACAUCUGGCUCAGACUGACUUGCCUUCUUCUUAAAAGAAGUUGGUACUUCGUUCAAGGGGUUAUCUGUCACUUGUAUUUGAGAUUGUUACUGACCAGAUCAUAAUUAUUCACUUUAAAACACCAGGGGAAAUUUUUAGGAUAGGAUUUUGAAAGCAGCUACUUCUUGGUUAAUCGACUAAAAAUGCAGCAUGAGUGAUAACAACACAGAAACCUACUGGAUUUCACCUUGGAACUUAAAUGGUUCCAUAUUCAAUGUAUCCAACAGCAAUUAUUCUUCAAACAUCACAAUGGAAGAGAUGUCAUGGAGUUCCUACAGGACAAUGGAGAUGAUCUUCAUUGCUUUGGUGACAGGGUCCCUAAGCUUUGUCACAGUAGUGGGCAACAUCCUAGUGAUGCUCUCUAUCAAAGUAAACCGCCACCUUCAGACUGUGAAUAAUUACUUCCUUUUCAGCUUGGCAUGCGCUGACCUUAUCAUCGGGGUCUUUUCCAUGAACCUCUACACUGUAUACAUCAUCAAGGGCUAUUGGCCCCUAGGGCCUGUGGUUUGUGACCUCUGGCUGGCCUUGGAUUAUGUGGUCAGCAACGCUUCAGUCAUGAAUCUGCUGAUUAUCAGUUUUGACCGUUAUUUUUGUGUGACCAAGCCACUUACUUACCCAACAAAAAGGACAACAAAGAUGGCGGGGCUAAUGAUCGCUGCAGCUUGGAUCCUGUCCUUCAUUCUCUGGGCUCCUGCUAUCUUGUUCUGGCAGUUCGUUGUCGGGGAGCGCACAGUUGAUCCCAGGGAAUGUUAUAUCCAGUUCCUCUCCAACCCUGUUGUUACCUUUGGCACAGCUAUUGCCGCCUUCUACCUGCCUGUCAUUAUCAUGACUAUCCUUUACAUCCACAUCUCACUGGCUAGUCGCAGUAGGCUAAAGAAUCCAAAGACUGAACCCAAGAAGGAGAAGGCCUUUAAGUCCACCAGCCUACUCAAAACCCACAUACUCAAACAGAACAAUUACUUCGCCAAGACUAGUGCUGAAUCAAGUACCAUCAAGGUGGUAAAAAAUGGCAUACUGAAUGAGUCUGUGUGCAUCAAAACCAAUUCUACCAUCCAGCCUGAGGGGAAGGAGGGCUCCAAUUACUCCAGCGUGGAUAACAUGGCACCAAAGGAUAUCAAACAGAAGGUUAACCAUGAGGUUUUGCCCAAGGAUCUUGCUCCUACCUCCACCAUCACACCAUUACCAGUGCCUGAUAAAAUAAAUCCUGCCUCCAAGUGGUCAAAGAUCAAGAUAGUCACCAAGCAGACAGGGAAUGAAUGCAUCACUGCCAUUGAGAUAGUACCUCCCAACAGCUCUGAAAAUAGUUCAAUCCCUGUCAAUCAUCCCAGAACAGUUGCCAGGAAAUUUGCCAGCAUUGCUAGGAGCCAAGUUAAACGAAAGCGGCAGAUGGCAGCCAGGGAAAAAAAGGUAACUAAGACCAUUUUUGCUAUUCUGCUGGCUUUCAUUAUCACAUGGACACCAUACAACGUUAUGGUUCUCAUCAGCACCUUCUGCCAUUCCUGUGUUCCCGAUACUGUGUGGGCUAUAGGCUACUGGCUGUGCUAUGUGAACAGCACCAUCAAUCCUGCAUGCUAUGCGCUCUGUAAUGCCACCUUCAAAAAGACCUUCAAAAACAUUCUGAUGUGUCAGUAUAAAAACAUUGGCGCAAGAUAAACUGAGGGAGCAUCAUUUGAUCAGGCUGGACACAGUUAUUGGUUUUGUACUAUGGUCAAAUCCACCCAGAAGUGGAUCUAAUCAUCAACUGGAGGUCAUUGGGCCCCAAAGUGAACCAUGGGAUUAGUUGUAGUCCUGUGGUUACUUCCAGAAUCUCAGAAAUGUAAUCACUGUUGUUGGGUUAUUGAAUGAGCAUGUAUAACACUGUUAUAAAUACCAGAAACAAAGCACAGUCAAGUAAUGGGAGGAAUUCAAGUGAGAGCCCAGUGAAGAUCAUAAUAACUUGACUUUCUGUGAGUCAUUGGAUUUAAAUGAGAAUGAUGCAAAGCAGGAGACACUAUAUGGAUUUCCCAUAAUCUACUGCGCCACAGAACUCAUUAAAAGAAAGAUGAAUUGUGUGUAACGAACACACAGUUUUACCAAAAUGUUCCGCUUAUUUAGUCCAUGUUAGGAAAUUGUCUUACGGGAUUAUUCUUUUUAUGACGUAAUCAGUUAAAAAGGGAAGGGAAUCCUCAGUUCUAUCAGAUCUUUUCAUUUAGUGAUGGACAAUAUAACAUUUAAUGAACCAUUUGCUGUUUUUUAGACUCCAUGGCCUAAAGCAAACCAAGAGCGCCAUCUAGUGGGAUCAAAACAUACAGCAAAUGGUUCAUGAAACGUCAUUUGGUCCAUCAUUAUUCAGUAUUACAUGGACACCAUACACCAUUAUGAUUCUUCAUGAUACCUUAUGCCAUUCUUAUGCUCCUGACAUUGAGUGGGCUAUAAGCUACUGACUCUGAUACGUCAACUGCUUGUAAAAAAUGAAAAAGCUGUAACAUUUCAACAUCUAUAUGAAUAAAUGGGUGAAUUUUUCAUAAACCUAUCAGACCUUUUGAAACACUUCAAGUAGACAUAGAUUACUGGACCAAGAUUUUAUAAUGACUAUAUAUACAAAUAUAUGCUAUUGUUUCUUCUAAAAACAUGGAAGUGACAGAAUUCAUUAAAAUUUAUAUUUUAUGCUCCAACAAAUAUAAAUACUGGGAAAGUAUAUGAAAAGUAUGUUUCAAGAGUGAUGAAGAAUGUUUAUCUGCAUUAAUCUAUAUAGAUGCUUGUACUAUCUGGUUUAUUGUAAUAUAUUCAUUUUCUCUGUUUAUUGCUGUAUAUAUGCAAACAGUGUUAUUACAUGUAGAUGUACUUAGUCAAUAACUGUAAAGACAUUCUUAUUAUUUUUAUAGUUAAGGGACAAAUAUUGUGUGGUCACUGAUUCUGCAUGUGUGCAAUAUUAUGACAUUAUAAUGUCAGCAUCUGUCAUUGUUCUCAAUGCUUUGCAUCAUAGCCCCAGUGGAGCUGCUGGUAUCAGUGUGUAAAAUGAACGUAACACUUAAGUUUUGAUAUGAGUCAAAUGUAAUAUCAUUGUUGUCAUACUGUAUGUUGCUUUUAAAUGAACUGCUGUCUUUUAGAGAAAUGGUUGACCUCUGGAGCACAUUAAAUUCAUAACAUGGGAUAUUCAUUUUGUUUAGACACAUUUUCUAAAGUUUUUCUUGAAUUAAUUUCACUUAAUUUGUAAUGGUUUAUAUCAUUUAUAUGAACAAAACAUGUCUUGUUGCAUAACUGUUUCUAUAUAGGGUCUGAGAACAAUCCUUCCUUGUUCUUACUGUCGUCUGGAUCUUGUUCUUUGCUGAUGGCAGGUUUCCUUUUUAAAGUUGUUUCAUCGUAAUGAAAUAAUUAAA